GUGUCCAGACGGGUGAUAUGGAUCCACAUGUAGUGAAAUGGAAAUUAUUAUUUUUCAGUGUGUUGCUGCUGCUCACGUUGUACCACAGUAACCCCUCUGCUGCUGUCAGCAUGAACAAACACCUGGCUGAUUGUCUGAAGGACAGGGACUACAAGGAGCUGCUGCAGACUGUGAAGAACGGCCUGCCAUGCCGAAAUACAUCCCGUCAUGUGAUCAUUGUCGGAGCCGGUGUAGCUGGAUUGACAGCUGCCAAGUUACUGCAAGACGCAGGACACAAGGUGACCAUAGUGGAGUCCAGCGGUCGUGUCGGUGGACGGGUGGAGACCUACAGGAACGAAUCGGCAGGCUGGUACGCCAACCUCGGAGCCAUGAGGAUCCCGAGUGAUCACAAAAUCGUCCGCUGGUUUGCAAAAGCGCUGGGAGUGGAGCUGAAUGAAUAUAUGGAGGACAUCAACACGUUUUAUCUGGUCCAUGGGCUGCUGAAAAGGACGUACGCGGUGAAAGCAAAUCCAGACAUCCUAAAAUACAAACUGCCUAAAAGCGAGAGGGGCAAGUCAGCAGAUCAACUGCUGCAGAAAGCUCUGCAGAAGGUGAAAGAUGAAGUGAAGGCGCACGGCUGCAAAGCUGCACUACGGAAAUACGACCACUAUUCUGUGAAGGAGUAUCUGAAAGAAGAAGGCGGCCUGAGUCCAGAGGCGGUGAGGAUGAUCGGAGACUUGUUAAAUGAAGACAGCCUGAUGCACCUGGCGCUGACCGAGACCAUCUACAUCCAGAGCGACGUCAACGACACCGCCACGUACUCGGAAGUGACCGGCGGGUCGGAUCUCCUCACCAACGCGUUCCUCGCUGUCCUUGACGGCCCCAUCUACCUCAACUCUAAGGUCAAACGCAUCAGCCAAUCAGAUCACGGUGUAGUUGUAUCAUAUCAGAAUGGCGAAAAAUCCUCUUUGACCGACAUUUCUGCUGACUUUGCUCUGGUAACGACCACGGCCAAAGCGGCUCUCUUCAUCGACUUUGAGCCGCCGCUCUCCAUCAGAAAGAUGGAGGCACUGAGGUCAGUCCACUACGAAAGCUCCACUAAAAUCCUCCACUUCAGCAGGAAGUUUUGGGAAGACGACGGCAUCCGAGGAGGAAAGAGCAUCACUGACGGGCCGUCUCGUUUCAUCUACUACCCCAGCCACAGUUUCCCAAACAAUCCAAACAUCGGCGUCCUGCUGGCUUCCUACACCUGGUCCGAUGACUCCCUCCUCUUCUUAGGAGCGAGCGAUGAAGAGCUGAAAGAGCUGGCUCUGAGAGAUUUGGCUAAGAUCCACGGCGAGUACGUAAAGUCUCUCUGCACAGGCGUGGUGGUGAAGAAGUGGAGCACAGAUCCUCACAGUUUGGGCGCCUUCGCUCUUUUUACCCCCUACCAGCAUUUAGAAAGAGCCCAGGAGCUCUUCAGAAGUGAGGGCAGGGUGCACUUUGCUGGUGAGCACACAGCCUUCCCUCACGGAUGGAUCGAGACGUCCAUGAAAUCUGCCAUCAGAGCUGCAGCCAACAUCAACAAAGAGUCGGGAAGAACUCGUCGACACGACGAACUCUAG